UCUUUUACUACUAUUAUGUCCAACAACGCACAAGAACCUUUGCUUACUGACGAACAAAUUUUGGAAUUCGAACAGCAAAUUAAAGACCAAGAAGCUCAAAAGAUACCCUUAGUUUGUCAAGAAGAGCCUGUCUCAAAUUUACUGGAAGAAUUUAAGGACAACGAACCAUUUUUGCGUAAAAUUAAUAAUCUUGGCCAUCAACAUGAUAAAAUAAGACGGUGCCGUGGUGAUGGCAACUGCUUUUUUAGAGCUUUUGCUUUUGCUUGGUUUGAAAGUGCAUUGAAGCAAGACAAGGCAACAUAUGAAGCCAAUCUGAAUAAGCUAAAGCAUUCAGAAAACUUGUUAGAAACCAGUGGAUUUCAAAAACUUGCUUUUGAAGACUUUUAUGAUGUGGCAGUACAACAGUUUAAAGGCUUGAACCCAAAUGACCCUGAUAUGCUUUUAGUCAAUUUUCAAUCAGACGAAAUCAGUAAUGCUAUUGUGAUGCAUUUCCGCUUUAUUGCUUCAGCCUAUCUCAGACUUCAUUCUGCUGAAUACGAGCCAUUCUUGAUUGAUGAAAUGAUUUCUAUUGAUGAAUUCUGCUCUAUGCAUGUUGAAGCCUUUGGAAGGGAAUCUGAUCAUUUACAGAUCAUUGCGCUUAGCAAAGCUUUAGAUGUGCCUAUUCAAGUGGUUUAUUUAGAUGGUGGUGUUGAUGAUCAAGCUGCCAUUCAUGAAUUCUGGCCAUCUGAGCAAGAUGAAAAGGAAAAGUCAAAGAAAGCCAUCAAACUUAUUUACAGACCAGGACAUUAUGAUAUUCUGUAUAAUAAAGAAUAAACGCAAUUUUAUCAACGACUUUUAAU